AGUAAGAGUAACGAAGUUUCCUCUAUCGUUACUUACAAAUGAUUUAUCAAACUAGGUUCGGCGAAGGAGAAGUGUAACCAGAUCAGCGAAGAUCAGUGAAGAGAAGAUUUUUUUUUUUUGUUUCAGAGUUGUCAGAGUUUUCCAUAAUCCAAGGCUUCAGAUUUGAGAGGGAGCAGCGAUAGUCAUGAACCACGAUUGGAGCAUGGUGGAAGUUUGCCGAGGCUGAGAGAAACGAAGACUGGCGAUUCUGUACCUGAUAAGGAGAUCAAUCUCUUUGAUCAAAGUUUCAGUAGAUUUUAAAUCUCCUUCAUCGACUCGUCGUUUCCGUCAUCGAGCCGUUUUAGCCAUCACCGGUGUGUCUCGAUCACCGAACGUCGUUUUCAGAGAUCAACAACUACAAUUGCAUCAAACCUCUCAGUGUCUGAAUUGAACAAUAUAAAUCAAUCGAGAGACGGUGAGACGCGAAUCCCAAGUUUCGAUAUGAGUACAGGUGGAGCAUUUGGAGGAAACAGAGGAUUAAGACCGAUACCACCAGAAAAGGGCAUUUUUCCUUUGGAUCACUUACAUGAAUGUGAUGCGGAGAAGAAAGAAUAUCUUGGCUGUCUCAAGUCUUCAGCUCACAAAUCUGAGCAAUGUAGACAUUUAUCCAAGAAAUAUCUCCAGUGUCGAAUGGCCAAGAACUUGAUGGCAAAGCAGGAUAUGUCUGAACUUGGAUUUAGUGGUGUUAAAGAAUUGGAUUCCGCUGGCGAAAAGAAUAAAGAGAGUAUCGGACAUUGAAGGUGGACACGCUUAACUUUGAGCCUCUUUUCGUAGAAUAUUGAUUAACAUUUGAUUCACUUGAGAUAGCAUUUGUCAGAAAAGUUUUUCUUCUAAUCCAACUACUCACAAACUCAAACUCUAUAUGCUUCAAAUCGUUAUAUAUGUAUUCCUGUGUAAAUUACAGCAUUAAACAAUUAAAGCAUCAUAUCUUCUUCUA